CGGUCUCUUUCGGGCCUGAAGGGAUCCAGCAUGGCGGACAGCGGCGUGGUGGAGACGCUGUUACAGCGGAUUGAGAAGGCGGACGACGGCGUGGACAGCCUGAAUGUGGCGGCCAGCCUCGGGGUGGACCACCAGGUCAUCGUGGGAGCCGUGAAGAGUCUGCAGGCUCUCGGCGACAUCAUCUCAGCUGAUCUGCGUUCCUCCAAACACUGGGAGCUGACGGUUGAAGGCAGUGAGAUCGCAGAGCAGGGCAGCCAUGAAGCCCGGGUGUUCAGCUCCAUCCCUCUGGAGGGUCUGGCCCAGAGUGAGCUCAUGAAACUGUCCUUCGGGAAGAUCGGCUUCAGCAAGGCCAUGUCCAACAAGUGGAUCCGAGUGGACAAGACCCAGGAGGGCGGCCCCAGGAUAUUCAGGGCUGUGGAGAACAUCGAGGACCAGGUGAGAGAGAAGCUGCUUCAGGUGCAGAAAGGAAACUUCAGUCAGCUGGACGAGAAAGAAAAGAACGAGCUGAAGAAGAGGAAGCUGCUCUCUGAAGUGACGGUGAAGUCUUACUGGAUCACUAAGGGCAGCUCCUUCAGCACCACCAUCACCAAACAGGAGACGGAGCUCACCCCUGAGAUGAUCGCCACUGGGAGCUGGAAGGAGAAGAAAUUCAAGCCCUACAACUUUGAAGCCAUGGGCGUCGCUCCAGACUGUGGUCACCUGCACCCGCUGAUGAAGGUGCGGACGCAGUUCAGGCAGAUCUUCCUGGAGAUGGGCUUCACUGAAAUGCCGACCAACAACUUCAUAGAAAGCUCUUUCUGGAACUUCGACUCCCUGUUCCAGCCUCAGCAGCAUCCGGCCAGAGACCAACAUGACACCUUCUUCUUGUCUGACCCGGCACUUGCCCAUGAGUUCCCCCAGGACUACCUGGAGAGAGUGAAGAAGGUCCACUCAGAGGGAGGCUUCGGUUCACAAGGGUACAAAUAUGACUGGAAGAUAGAGGAGGCUCAGAAGAACAUCCUCCGGACUCACACCACAGCAGUCAGUGCACGCAUGCUGUAUAAACUCGCACAACAGGAGAAGUUCACCCCCGUCAAGUACUUCUCCAUCGACCGGGUGUUCAGGAAUGAGACGUUGGAUGCCACCCAUCUAGCAGAGUUCCACCAGAUCGAGGGCGUGGUGGCCGACUACGGACUCACACUGGGAGACCUCAUGGGGAUUCUGCAUCAGUUCUUCACCAAACUAGGAAUUACCAAACUGCGCUUCAAGCCGGCCUACAACCCGUACACAGAGCCCAGCAUGGAAGUGUUCAGCUACCAUGAAGGACUGAAAAAGUGGGUGGAAGUGGGAAACUCAGGGGUCUUCAGACCAGAGAUGCUGCUGCCAAUGGGACUCCCUGAGGAUGUGUCUGUAAUUGCCUGGGGAUUGUCUUUGGAAAGGCCCACCAUGAUUAAAUACGGCAUCAACAACAUCAGAGAGCUGGUGGGACACAAGGUGAACCUGCAGAUGGUCUACGACGGCCCGAUAUGCCGACUGGACUCCUGAGUUAUUAAGAUUAUUCCAUUGGAUGGACCUUUUUUAUCUUCAGCACCUCACUGAUAAAACCCUCCACCCUCCAGCUGUAGCUCAAAGAGGAUCUGUUGUUCUCUGCAGUUCUGAAGACACAUCUCCUAAUAUUUUUCCAAGGGCUUCAUCACACAGGAGCAGCAUUAUAUGAAAUCUGCUGCUAUGCAAAACCUGAGUGCAAGUCUUGACUUGUUUUUUACAUCACCUUGCCUCAGUUAGAACAGAUGACCUUCCUGUACAGGGAAACAUGCUAGUUUUGGAACGAGACAAACGCAAAAUUAAAAGCUUUUUCCAACUUCCA